AUUCUUUCAUGAAUAAUCAGCAUCACCAGGAGUGGCCACGACCUGCGAAACAAGACGUUGCCUAAUCGCAAGUCCAUCAUCCCGAUCGAAUAGGUUCUGCACUGCUCCUCAUCGCUCAACCCUCUUGUGCCGUGUGCAUACGCUUCUACGGGCAAGAUGUCGCUUCUUCGUCAACCCAUCGCCCGUGCAGCCAGGACUGGCCUUUGCCGUCAUGUCGCCGCUCCCGCAGCUGUCACCCAGGUCCCUACUCGAUCGAUGAGCCUCGCUUCUACCCAAGCUCCCAUCAGACACGGUCGCAGCAACAUCGCCGCUGCAGCCGCGGCUCGUCUUCCCAGCGCUGUGAGGACAUACGCUGCUGAAGCGGGCAAGAAGUAUGUGCGAAACAAGCCACACAUGAACAUCGGUACAAUCGGGCACGUCGAUCAUGGGAAGACCACUCUGACGGCUGCCAUCACCAAGGUUCUCUUCGAGUCCAGCGGUCAGGGCAAAUUUGUGGACUAUGCGAGCAUUGACAAGGCGCCCGAAGAGAAGGCUCGUGGUAUCACCAUCUCCAGCGCGCACGUCGAGUACGAGACCGCGAACCGCCACUAUGCGCACGUCGACUGCCCGGGUCACGCCGACUACAUUCGUAACAUGAUCACUGGUGCCGCUCAGAUGGACGGCGCAAUUAUUGUCGUGUCCGCAACGGACGGACAGAUGCCUCAAACCCGAGAGCACCUGUUGCUUGCCAAGCAGGUCGGCAUCAAGAAGUUGGUCGUAUUCAUCAACAAGGUAGACCAAGUGGACGACAAGGAAAUGCUGGAGCUGGUAGAUAUGGAAAUGAGAGAUCUGCUCUCUACCUACGGCUUUGAUGGAGAGAACACCCCAAUCGUUCAGGGUUCAGCCUUGGCUGCUCUGGAAGGAAAGAACCCCGACAUCGGCAGCGAAGCCAUCGUGAAGCUGAUGGCCGAGGCGGACGCUUGGCUUGAGCAGCCCGCCCGUGAUCUUGACAAGCCUUUCUUGAUGCCCGUGGAGGAUGUCUUCUCCAUUUCCGGGCGCGGAACUGUUGUCACUGGCCGUGUGGAGCGUGGCAUUAUCAACAAAGGGCAGGAGAUCGAAUUGGUCGGUCUUGGCAACAGCUUGAAGACCACCUUGACGGGAGUCGAGAUGUUCCACAGAGAGCUUGACCGAGGAGAAGCUGGCGAUAACAUGGGAGCUCUUCUGCGUGGAGUUCGCCGAGACCAGGUGCGCAGAGGUCAAGUGCUUGCUCUGCCAGGUUCCAUCAAGCCGGUGAAGAAGUUCGAGGGACAGUACUACAUUCUCACAGCCCAGGAGGGUGGACGCCGCUCCCCCUUUGCGAGCGGAUACAGACCGCAGCUCUUCAUCCGAACCGCAGACGUUACAAUCUCUCUGACAUUGCCAGAGGGCCAAGAGGAUCAGAUGGUCAUGCCUGGAGACAGUGUCACCCUUAACGGCGAGCUCACUCAUGAUUUGCCCAUCGAGAUCGGAAGCAGAUUUACCCUGCGAGAGGGAGGCCGCACUAUUGGUACCGGUAUCUGCACCAAGAUUGUUGCCUAGACGUAGGCUGGACCUUUUUAGCAAUGCAAUAUCUUUUGCAUGCAUUUCGUCAGCGGCCCAAGCACAUCCAGAACACGGAGCGCGUUCGAAUCGGACGCGAUUGCCAGACGCUCCUGCUAGCUGAUGCUAGUGACGAGCGUUCAAGAAGAAGCCGGAUGCUACGCAUCGAAAGGCGGCUCAUGCCUUGUAAUCACUACUCAUCAUUGUACACGAACGUGACACAGUCUGCAAUCCCGGUGUGCUCGCUUCGACGUGCAAGUGAGCGCCAAGCUACUUCGCCC